GGAUACACACAGCUGAUUUGCAAUUUUUCCAACACAUUUAUGUCAGAUCCCUUUCCCUGAUCUCUCUCCCUCCCCUCUCCUCCCCAUAGACCAAAUGAUCAGACAUUUUUAUCUGGUCAAUCUAACUAUGGGAAGACAAUUUCCAUUCAGCCCAUCAAUUAUCCUGCAGGCCUUAAUAGUUGUAACAAUUUCUUGUUGUUCAAUCAACGUGGUGGAGGGCGUGAUCGGCGUGAAUUGGGGCAGGCAAACAUCGCACAGGUUGAUCCCAUCGAUGGUGGUCGAUUUGUUAUUACAAAACGACAUUCGUCAUUUGAAGGUCUUCAGCGUCAGCGACAACGUCCUAGAGGCCUUUGCCGGGGGAGACAUUGCCAUCACCGUGACAUUGCCUAAUGAAGCCCUUAAAGAUGUUAUGAGCGCUGAAGCAGCCGAACACUGGCUGGACCAAAGGAUUCGUCGGCACCAGGUUAAGAACAUCAACAUAAGUUACGUACAUGUUGGAAGCCAGCCAUUCUCAACAUUUUACCACACAGACACCUACAACAACGCUGUUGACACGUUGAAAUUUAUUCAAGAAGCCAUCUACACAAGCGGGUACGAAAACGUCGUGGCAACAACUGCACAUUUCACCGAUGUCUUGAAGCCCGGCAUAAUGAAGCCAUCGGAGGCCGAUUUCCGCCCUGAUUUGAAGGAAAAGAUGGUGGAAUUCGUGAGCGUUCUCAACUCCAGCAAUGCUCCAUUCGUGAUGGACAUAUUUCCCAUAUAUUUUGUUGCUGAACACAAAUGGGACUUCGAGUUCUGCUUCCUCGACAACAAGUCGAAUUUCUCAAUCGAGGACAACGGGCACGUGUACACAAACGUGUUUGAAUUCGUGUACGACUCGUUUGUUACCGCAAUCACGAAAGCUGGAGCGCCUAACGUGAGGGUGAUGGUGGGGCAAAUCGGGUGGCCGACGGACGGAUAUCCAGGGGCCAACGUCACCAACGCUGAGAGGUUUUUCAGGGAAUUCAUUCCUUUUGUUAAAAGCACAAAAGGGACCCCAUUGCGCCCUGGAAUCUCCAUCGACGUUUACAUCCACUCCCUGGUGGAUGAAAACCGGGGCAGGAUCAACGUGGGGGCUUUCCAGCGCCAUUGGGGUGUGUACCUGUCGAACGGGGAGCCCAAAUACAAGAUAGAUUUCAGUGGAGCUCAUCGGGACAUUUAUCCAUCGACGGCCAAAGGCAUCGUGUUCAUGCCCAAGAGGUGGUGCGUGUUCAAAGGGGACAAGAGAAACUUGACCAAAGUUGAGAACCAGGUCCGUCGCGCCUGUGCCCAAGCAGACUGCACGAGCGUUUUCCCUGGGGGGUCGUGCAGUCAGCUGACGUUCGACCAGAAUGUGUCGUACGCAUUCAACAGGUACUUCCAGAUGAAAUCACAAUACAGCACUAAUGAAAGCACUUGUAAUUUUGAGGACUUGGCCACCGUGGUGACUGAGGACCCCUCUGUAGGCACAUGCAAAUUCCCUGUGGAAAUAUUGGCGGCGGAGCGUGCGGAAACUGACGGGUUGAUGAAGAGGGGUGGGGCGGGGGACAGGCUACAGGGAUUUUUUGGAUCAGCAAUUGUUUUGCCUUUGCUUUCAAUCAUCUUGUUUAGAGUAAUUUAGGGUAUGUAUGAUGGUGGAGUUUUGUUUAAAAUAUUUUUCUUAAAAAAAUCA